AUGACAACAACAUUGGAAACAUUUCAAUCUUUAUUUAAUGGAAGUACAAAAAAUAAAAGUUAUCGAACAGAUAGUGGAAAAGUUCAUACAAUAGAUUGGAAUGUUGAUGGAAGUCGUUUAGCAAGUGGAUCUUUAGAUAAAAGUGUUGUCAUAUUUGCCUAUGAUGGAAAAGGUUCAAUGGUAGAUCGAACUUAUCGUGAACAUGGAGAAGAAAUAAAUCAACUUGCAUGGCAUCCAACUGUUUCACAUUAUGUCGCAACAGCAAGUGGAGAUCGACUAGUUAAAAUAUUUGAUACAAGAACAGAUCGUUCUAACACAACAAUAGAAACAAAAGGAGAAAAUAUUAAUUUAGCUUGGUCGCCUGAUGGUACAACAUUAGCUGUUGGAAAUAAAGAUGAUCUUAUAACAUUUAUCGAUGUUAAAACUUCAAAAAUUAUACGUGAAGAACAAUUUCGUUAUGAAGUUAAUGAAAUAUCUUGGGAUCGAUCGGGUAGCCUAUUUGCUGUUACGACAGGACAUGGUUCAGUUGUUUUUUUCGAUGCACCUGGUAUUCAAAAAGAAAAAGAUAAACCUUUAGAAGAAUUACAUUGUUUAACAGCUCAUACAGGCAAUUGUAUUUGUCUAGAAUUUGAUACAACAGGAAAAUAUUUUGCAGUUGGUGCUGCUGAUGCAUCAGCAUCAAUAUGGGAUGUUGCUCAACUUGUUUGUCUUAAUGUGCUCACAAGAAUUGAAUGGGCUGUACGUGGUCUUAGUUUUGGUUGUCAAUCGCAAUUACUUGCAUUAGCUUCAGAAGAUCCUUAUAUAGAAAUUGCUAAAGUCGAUACUGGUGAACGUGUUUAUGCAUUAAAAUGUGAUGCACAAACAUUAGCAGUCGCUUGGCAUCCAAAAGCAUCCGUUCUUGCUUAUGUUCAAGAUGAUGACUCAGGAAGUGUACGUCUAUUUGGUGUACUCGAUUGA